UCAUGGGUAUUGUAGUUCAGAGCACGUUCUCACAAAACGCGGUGAGGUGGUGUGUGGGCGAGAUGUUCACUACAGGUCCAACAAGAACUUUAACCGGCGUGUGACUGUGAUACGGUUCCUUUUCAAAACAAGCGAGACUGAAUCGUUUCCUCAGUUUCACUUGGGAGGUAAUGAUUUUAAAGUGAAGCACUACUAUUAGACGAUGGAGGACGAUGGGAAACCACUUCUGGGCUCAAUUCAAGCAGGAGAGUACUACACGGACCAGACAGACUCGCUGGACCCCAGACAAAGAAGGCCUUUCCAUGUGGAGCCCAAAAACAUAGUGGAGGACUCGGCUCAGGAGCGAGUGUCUGCUGAGGCUUCAGCACUAAGCAGCAGAGUUCACUACUACAGUCGCCUGACCGCCUCCUCAGACAGACUACUGGCUCCUCCAGACCAUGUGAUACCUCCACCUGAAGAAAUCUACGUAUACAGCCCUCUGGGAACAGCAUUUAAAGUGCAUGGAAAAGAUGGUGCUGCCAAAAACCCCAGCAUUGUCACCAUUUUUGCUAUAUGGAAUACAAUGAUGGGGACAUCUAUAUUGAGCAUACCAUGGGGAAUAAAGCAGGCUGGUUUCACCUUGGGGAUCAUCAUCCUCAUCUUAAUGGGCUUACUGACCCUCUACUGCUGUUACAGAGUACUCAAGUCCACUAAAUCAAUACCUUAUGUAGAUACCUCAGACUGGGAGUUUCCUGAUGUAUGUAAAUAUUACUUUGGGGCCUGUGGACAGUGGUCCAGUCUGCUGUUCUCUCUGGUGUCGCUGAUCGGAGCAAUGGUGGUCUACUGGGUGCUCAUGUCCAACUUUCUGUUCAACACAGGAAAAUUCAUCUACAACUUCGUUCACAAUGUCAACAUGUCUGACACAGAGUUUGGGACAAAUGGAACAGACAGGGUGGUGUGUCCAUAUCCAGAUGUGGAUCCACACAGCAACAACAGCAUUACCCUGCAUUAUCUUGGUGACAACAGCACAGCUGUGUUUGACCGCUGGUGGAGUAAAACCAACACCAUCCCCUUCUACCUUAUCAUCCUGCUGCUGCCGUUGCUCAACUUCCGCUCAGCCUCCUUCUUCGCCAGGUUCACGUUUCUGGGCACGGUUUCAGUGAUCUACCUUAUUGUUUUAGUCACCAUCAAAGCCUUUCGACUAGGAUUUCACCUGGAGUUCCACUGGUUUCAUUCCACUGAGCUUUUCGUUCCAGAAUUUAGGUUACUGUUCCCUCAGCUGACUGGUGUUCUCACACUGGCCUUUUUCAUCCACAACUGCAUCAUCACCCUCAUGAAGAACAACAGAAAUCAGGAGAAUAAUGUACGAGAUUUGUCCUUGGCUUACCUGCUAGUCGGAGUAACAUACCUGUAUGUGGGGGUGCUGAUCUUUGCAGCCUUUCCGUCUCCACCACUGUCUAAAGAGUGCCUUGAGCCAAACUUUCUGGAUAACUUCCCCAGCAGUGAUGUGUGGGUAUUUGUGGCUCGGACCUUCCUGCUGUUCCAGAUGACCACUGUCUACCCGCUGCUGGGUUACCUGGUCCGGGUGCAGCUGAUGGGUCAGAUUUUUGGUGAACACUACCCCAGUUUCGUCCAUGUUUUCUUACUGAACGUCCUCGUUGUGGGUGCUGGGGUACUCAUGGCCAGGUUUUACCCCAACAUUGGUUCCAUUAUCAGGUACUCUGGAGCCACAUGCGGCCUGGCUCUGGUCUUCGUCCUCCCUUCAGUCAUUCACAUGAUCGCACUGAGACGCUCUGGCGAGUUACGCUGGCCCUCUGCCUGCUUCCACAGUCUUCUUAUUUUGCUGGGUGUAGCCAAUCUCCUGGGCCAGUUUUUCAUGUAGCACCCUCUUUUCUUUAGCACACUGUCACUCACUCACUCACACUCAGUCUUCCUCCCUCACUUAGUCAUUAAGUGCAGGGAGGCUGGUUCCACUCUGUUAAGGUACUGCACGCUAGGUGGCAGUUCUGAUUGUAUUGGGGUGAUUGUUCUGGUAAUAUACUGUAGGUGGCAGUUCUGGUAUUGUGUGUUAUGUUGAAGUUUGCACAGUAGGUGGCAGGUAGGUUUUAGUAUAGCAGAAGGUGCUUCUUUAGGAGCAUUUCAUAGCAAUAAAGCCAUGACACUCUGACCUCAGCAAGCAUGGCUACUUUGGCAUUAAUACACAGCCUCUCUGUCUAAUAGAGUGGACCAGCAGCAAAAUGUUACUGACAAAAACAAAAAUUCA